AUGAACCUCCUAGUAAAAGCAGUGCUUCUUCGAACUCUUGGCUUCUUACUUUGGGUCUCACUCAGUGCUUGGUUGUUUGUUAUGGUCGAAUACAAGGAAGCAGACGAAAAAGAAGAAAAAUAUCAGUUGUUGCUCUCUCUGUACGAGUUUCUCGCGUCUAAAUACAACAUGAGCAUAGAGGAGUUUAAUAACAUCUCCAAUUCCGCAUACGAGGCUUUGAGCCAGCCCAAGAUACAAUGGACAUACUCCAAUGCAAUGGCUUUUGUUUUUCAGUCUUUGACCACCAUUGGCUAUGGAUACAUCACUCCCCAGACACAGACAGGUCAAUUGCUUUGCAUCUUCGUCUCGUUACUGGGGAUUCCCAUCACUUUGCUCGCAUUUAAGUCCGUCGGUGAACUCAUCGCCAAAGGUGUGGCCACAUUUGUUACAAAGUUUGAGAGGAAAAUCUUAAAGAGGCCUGAGCCCAAAAAGUUGCAAGCAAAAAGUGCUCUAAUUCUGUUUAUGAUGAUGUUAUUGUUGAUAGUGUUAAGCAGCCUGUUGCUAGUAUAUUUUUUAAAUUGGUCUUUUGUCACGAGUGCGUAUUUCUGGUUCAUAACAUUUUCUACAAUCGGAUUUGGUGACUACGUGCCAGAAAUUCCACAAAGGAUCAGGCAAUUAACUCCAAAUAACUUUACACACGAAGACAACGACAAUAAACCAAGCGACGGAGAAAGAACCACUUUUGCUAUUUUUGAAGGCCUGUUUCUCACAUUUUAUUUAAUUUUGGGCUUGUGCGUCGUCUCGAGUGUUCUUAAUUCCAUUAUGAUGGCCCUCGAAGAAUAUAAGUGUCGACCUCCGUGUCCCGGAUGUGUCCCUCGAAAAACGCAGCAUCAAGGGAACAUUGACGAUUACACUCCAACGGAAGGCGAAGCCAACGCGACUUACUUGAGCAUGAAUAACUAUGGAUUUCACAAAGAUAACAUGACAUCAGUGGCUGAGAAAAGGUAUUCAUAUAGAGAUAAAGAAUUGACGAUGAGCACGCCGUUAAAAACUGCGUUUCUUCGAACGCUCGGCCUCUUGUUAUGGACUUUAUUUAGUGCAUGGUUGUUUGUGAAAGUAGAACACACGGAAAAAGAUAAUAAGGAAGAAAAAUAUCACUUGUUACUCUCGCUGUUCGAAUCUUUGGCAUCAAAAUACAACAUGAGCCUCGAGGAGUUCAAUAAGAUUUCUACAGUUGCAUAUGAAGCAUUAAGCGAGCCUAAACCUCAGUGGACCUACCACGUUGCAGUUACGUUCGUGAUUCAAGCUGUGACCACCAUAGGAUAUGGAUUCAUCACUCCUCAGACAUCCACGGGGCAGAUGUUGUGUAUCUUUGUAUGCUUACUCGGGGUCCCCAUUACUUUGCUCGCAUUGAAAUCCAUCGGCGAACUCAUUGCCAAAUGGGUCCACACAAUCGUCUGGAAGUUUGAAAAGGAAAUACUUAAAAGACCAGAACCAAAACAGAUGCAAACGAAGAGCGCAGUGAUCUUGUUCUCAUUUAUGGUGCUUUUGAUAGUGGUGAGUGCCUUAUGCAUUAGGGAUUCAAACUGGUCUUUCGUUGAAGGCGUCUACUUCUGGUUUGUAACAUUUACUACAAUCGGGUUUGGUGACUACAUUCUCUGGAAACCCACAAGGAUCAAAAAGUUAUCUUUGAAUAGGUCUAAAACUCACAAUAAUAAGUCAUCUGACGCACUGCAGAGGCAGACCACUUUCUCAAUAUUCAAAGAUCUACUCAAAGCGUUUUAUUAUAUUGUGGCGUUGUGCAUUGUGUCAAGUGUGCUAAACGCAAUUGCGGCGCUAAUGGAAGAGCGAAGAUUCCAUACCACAUGCCCUUGUUGUAUUCCACGAAAGAAAAAGAAAACAGAUCCAAAAGACCCCGACGAAGAAGAAAGGCAGACAAGUAUUCCUGAUGAACGCGAUUUUAAUGUGGAAUAUUCUGACGAAAAGCAAUUCUCAGCCAUGGAUCCUCUUUUCAAAACAAUGAUCUUUCGCACCGUUGCUUUCUUUGUGUGGACUUCACUUAGUGCCUGGCUGUUUGUUACGGUUGAACACACUGAAAAAGAUGAGGCGAAAGAGAAAGAUCAGUUGUUACUUUCUCUGUUCAAAGCAAUGGCAUUUAAGUACAACAUGACCGAGGAAGACUUCAAAAACUUUUCCAGCACUGCGUUUGAGGCGUUGAGCAAACCUAGCCCCAAAUGGACGUUUUUAGCGUCUCUGAUCUUUGUAGUUCAGGCCACAACUACUGUGGGCUAUGGAAAUAUAACUCCCAAGACACCUGAAGGCCAAAUGCUAUGUAUCUUCCUUUGUCUACUUGGCAUUCCAAUUACUCUUCUUUUGCUAAACUCGGUUGGUGCGGUCAUUGCCAAACUGGUCAACACACUUGUGAAGAAGUUCGAGAGUAAAAUCCUUAAAAGAGAGGAACCGAUGAAUGUAGAAAAAAAAAGUGCAAUGAUCUUGUUUUUAUUUAUGGUGUUAGAUAUUGUGAUGAAUGCUCUCGUAUUGAUACAUCUAGAGGAUUGGACAUUCGUAGAGGCACUUUAUUUUUGGUUUGUAACCGUAACAACAAUGGGUUUUGGUGACUACAUUCCAGGGAAGCUCAAUCCGACCAAUAUCUCGAGAGGAAACAGCUUCGCAAUCUUUAUAGGCCUUUUUGAACUGGUUCUUCUUUUGGGAGGACUAUGCAUUGUUUCCAGUGUAUUUAACUCCAUCAUGGCGGCCUUGGAUGAACGAAAUUGGUGGUUUAAGUGUUCUGCACGUAUAUCUAGAAGGAUACAGGGGCGCGUUGACACAGUAAAAGAACCUGAUGACGAGAACAUGACUUCUAAAAGAAUAGAAAAUCUGGGUUUGGAGAAUCUUGAGAACACAGAAAACUGAUAGGAGUCUCUAUGUUCUUUAAUUUAAUUGUAGAUCGACCCCGCACUAUCGGCUCUUUUUCGGACACCGGAAUCUUUAUCGGCUUCGAGCUCACUAACGAUGACGUAACUGUUUUUAUCGAUGUGUGAUUGAAGUGUGUAUGGUGUGUGGUGUUUUCUCUGUGAAGUCCAA